AUGCCUAAGUUGACCGAUUCCCUCCCGAAGCCUCCCUGGCGCCAGGGGUCGUUUCGGCUCCGUCGCAUGCCCAUCUUGCUCGCUAUGUCGAGCAUCUUCGCCAUGGCGCUGUUCUACGUCCUCAUCUCCAUGUCGCCGUGCAUGAGAUGCUACAAAGGAUACACGUCCGCAUACAGCUUCGACGCCUACCACGCGCACCAUCCGCGAUGGAUGACUGCGAUCCCCGACGACGUCAACCUCACCUCGCUCAGUAUCCCCGGCACUCACGAUACGAUGACAUACGGCAUGCCCGAAAACGAAAAUCUCCAGUGCCAGAUCUGGAACCUGACCACCCAGCUGAACGCUGGCCUACGAUACUUUGACAUCCGCGCGAGGCUGCAGGACGACGAGCUCAAGAUAUACCACGCCAGUGGCUUCACGGGCUUCAGUUACACUGACGUCCUGGUCGCCAUGUUUGAUUUCCUCGACGAGAAUCCUAGAGAGACUAUCAUAAUGCGGCUCAAGGAGGAAGGCGUGCCCAUCGGAGACCAUAACACCAUCUCCUUCGAGGACGCUCUGAUCAAGCACCACGAGUCCUCCCCCGUCACCUCGCCCGGCGCAUCCAAGCACUUAUACCACUUCAACCAGACCGAACCCCUCCCAAAUCUCGGCGCCCUCCGCUCGCGCAUCUUUCUCCUGCAGAAUUUCGUCUCCAAAGACCAGGAGAAGAGCCCCUACGGUCUCAUAUGGGAGGGCCCCCAGAUGGCCCUGGAAGAUCUAUGGAUCAUCCCCGAUAUCCACCACCUCGUGGACAAGUGGAACGCCAUCCGCGGCGCCCUCGAGGCCGCCACCCGGGCUCCGCUCAACAACACUCUACUGUACCUGGCGCACAUCUCGGCCUCGGUGGGCGUGCUCCCUAUCGAGGCGGCCGCGGGGCCGAAGAACAAGGCGGUUGUGGGCAUGAACGACCUGACGGGGCAGUGGCUUAGAGACUUUUCCGCUCACAGGGAUGUUUCUGCCAGGACGGGUGUUGUCAUUAUCGAUUUCCCUGGGAAGAAGCUGAUUGAUGCCGUGCUGAGGUGGAAUGAGCAUUUGACGAAAUAG